AUGAAAGAUAUAGAGAUAUACGUAAAACACAAUGAAAAUACAGAUCAACAAUCAGUGGUACCGAUGGUCAGACCCAUGCUAUUCCCCGAAUGGGACGACAUAAGACUUUUAGAGCUUAUAAACGGAGCUAAAGUCUACUUAUAUGCUAACUCUUUGACACCUGUGGUCCGAAUGACUGAUUUGUUGCAAUGGUAUGCAAUCAUGGAUUGGUUCUACAGUAAGGAUAUCCUCAAACUGAUAGCUAUGUCCAAGAAUUUGAGUGCAUUUGACAGUAUGUGCGACAACGACAAGAUAGCACUCGUAAAGUACGGCUGGUUUGAGAUCCUAUGCCUCCGUUCACUCACUUAUUAUUGCCGGUCGGGAACACUCGAUAUAUGGAAUGUAUAUAUCGAGUUAACCGCUAUAGUACUGUUUAAUCCAAAUCAAAAACAUCUCAUUAAUAGCGAGGUGGUCAGGUGA